CUUCUACAUAAAACACCCAUAAAUAGACCUUCACCGGAAAUACCAACCAUUAAAUCCGGGCAACUCCCGAAUUGAGCGCCGGACACCGGCAGCUGACAUAACACCCGAGGGCACCAAUCAGCAUCCCCCGAAUUGCCAGGCCAUCGGAGUUUUCGAACCUUCUCCGCCCGACCUUCGAGCUUGUUCUUUUUCCAUAUAAACCUCCCCAUCCCUCAACCACUAACGCCUCCAAAACCCACACCCUCUUCCACCCCAACCACCAACACACACACACACACACACAAAACAUCAUGCCUCGUCAACGCCGUGGUGCCGCCCCCGCGCCUACCCCCGCGCGCAGCGCCCCCACCCGCCCUACCGCCGCUCCCGCUAGACCGGCCCCUGCCUACGGCCAGCAGCAGCAGCACCAGCCUCACUCGACGGCCGCUCACCCCCAGCAGCACGCCCCCGCGGCUCCUCCUGCUCCUGCUGCUCCUGCUGCUGCUCCGGUUCAGCAGAGCCAGGGCCCUGGUCUGUUCGGUCAGAUGGCUUCGACUGCUGCUGGUGUCGCAGUCGGUUCCUCCAUCGGCCACGCCAUCGGCGGUCUCUUCUUCGGCGGUGGCGGCGGCAGCAGUGCCCCCGCCGAGGCCCAACAGGCGGCUCCUCCCGCCCCCUCUCAAGCCAUGGAUAAUGGUCUCUGGGCUGGAAACGCCACCAACAGCUCUUGGGAGUCUCCGGCUUGCGCUACCGACGCCCAGAGCUUCCGUAAGUGUAUGGAUGAGAAUAAGGGCGAUUUGACCAUUUGUGGCUGGUAUUUGGAUCAGUUGAAAGCUUGUCAGGCUGCUGCCAAGCCUUACUAAGUGGGUUGGACUACUUAGUUGGGGCCUGGGAUGAGAUGGGGAUGAGAUGGGAUUGAUGAAAUGAUCUUAUGGACUGGACUGGACGGGAAUCUACUCGACUGCGGGUCGAGUGGCGGUGAUAUUGUUUGCAUAGCGGCGACUACUGACUGACUGCCCUGCUAUUAUCUUAUUACUCCUAUUACUUUUGUAUAACAUAUACCACUUUUUUUUUUCAACUGGGCAGGGUGGCUGCCUUGGUUUAUCUAGUUGCUACGAUCUGGGUCUGGAUCUGGUUAGAUGGCGGACACGAUAUAGAAAAAAACAUUCCACUCUUCCUUCUGCUUUCAUUCUGUACUGUGAUAGGAGCUAAGUAACAUCCAAGAUAAGACUAGAUG